CGGGGCGCUGCAGGCGGGCGCGGCGGCUGCUGCUAUGGACUGGUGAUCGCGGCGUCUCCUGCUCGCGUCUCCCCCGGGCCGGGCGGCUGCUCCUCACCGUCAACCCCUCAGCCGGGGCCAUGGGCUCGUCUGCGGCCGCGGCAGCUGCGGCGGCGGCGGCCGCGGACUCGGCGCAGUGGCUCUCAGUGAAGGAGGAGACCAUCUUCCUGCACGACGGGCUGAUCCGGGUCACCGACCUGGCCGAGCUGCCCAGCGAGAUCCUCGGGGCCCCGGAGGCCGCCGACACCGACUUGGAGAUUUUAACAUUUGAGACCAAGAACCCGACGGAAUUAGCCGAACGUCUGCGCUCUGUUUGUGGGAAUCAGAGCAAUGCCUACGCGCGCCUGCUGGAAUACCGCCUGAAUGCCUUACGAGGACUGUGGAAUGCCCAGCGCCAGCUGGCCUUGGAGGAACAGCAUGAACGAGAAAGUUCGGGUGAUGAGGAAACAUUGGCUCUGCUCAAACGCCAGGGCUUGUUGCAGCAACCCGAGCAAGCUCCCUUCACGUCUCGGAUGGGGCUCCUGCUGGUCUUCCCCCUUAUUCAGUCCCAAAGCAGAACGGACCCCUCUCUCUGUAACAUAACUGCUGAGGUGCUAUUGAACUGCCUUCGUGACUGCCAGCCUUUGAGCCUGACCAAGGAGCCUGCUGACUGUCUCAAUGGAAUCGAAACUUUGCUGUGCUCUUGGCUAGAGGACCCUGCUGACACCGGCCGACACAUCCCACAUAAGCAAAAAGAAAAUGCCGCUGCUGCUCUGGUGGCUUUGGCCUGUGCCAGGGGAUCGUUGAAAACUUUUGUCCAUACGGUCCAUCUGUUACAGAAACAGACUGAUCUGGGGUCCCUGCCUGUAGCUGAUGUACUAUAUAGGCUGUUGCUUUUGGAAGGGGGGCCUGGAUCCCCCUCCUGUUUGCUCGGUGGCAAACACAUAGUAUCAUGGGGGUAUGAAGACAUGUUGCCUGCACCAGAUAGCAACACCGGCUCCAGUUCUGAAAAUAAAGAUGCUGACUUGGGGCGCUGUCUCACGGCAGAUGGUCUUUACCUGUAUACUACUAACUCAGUUGGAAGAGGAGUAAGCAAAUUGGGGUCUGGAUUACAUGGUACUCUCAGAGGUUUUGUGUACUGCCGGAAUGAGGAGCUGGAACCAGGAUGGGUUGCUUUUGGCAGUGGUAAUCUUCUCCACCGGCCUGUAUCUUUUGAUAAUAAACCUCACUCCCUUUUCCAGGUCAUUGACCAGAAUACCCUUCAGGUGUGCCAGAUGGUGCCAAUGCCAGCCAAUCAUCUCCCUGUUGGCAGCACCAUGAGCACUGUGCACCUUUCUUCAGAUGGUACUUACUUCUAUUGGAUCUGGUCUCCUGCCAGUCUGAAUGAGAAAACACCUAAGGGACAUUCUGUCUUCAUGGACAUUUUUGAACUUGUGGUUGAAAAUGGUGUAUUUGUAGCCAAUCCACUUCAGGAACGCACAAUUCUAAUGAGAAAAGAGGGCGAAUCUGCAAAAAGCAUUAAUGAGAUGCUUCUGAGCAGACUUUCCCGCUACAGAGCUUCCCCGUCCGCCACGCUGGCCGCCCUGACUGGCUCUACCAUCUCCAACGCCCUGAAAGAGGACCAAGCAGCAAAUACUAGCUGUGGGCUACCUCUGAAAAUGCUUCGGAAGACGCCCAUCUAUACCUGUGGCACAUACUUGGUGAUGCUGGUCCCACCUCCAGGGGGAUCAGGCAGCUCUGCCACUCGUUCUCUUUUUGGUGGAACAAGUGGCUUGUCGUCUCUAAAAAUCCUUGCCUCUAGCUUGGUGUAUAAUAUUUCGGAUGGUCAGUUCACAAGUCGUGCCGAUCUCAUAGAUGCUGCUGGAAGCUCGUUGGGGCGUGGUGCUCUUGUACCAGGAUUGGGCGCCUGUUACGAUACAGUGAACAACAUGCUGUGGACGUGCUCGAAUGAUUAUAUUGAUCAGUGGUGUAAUCCAGGGAACCAGGCCUUCCAUUAUGUUUGUCAGAGACUUGGAGUCAGCCACAUCAUCACUGAGCCCAAAGAAGAGGCUAUAACCACAAAUGAGGUUAUAAACCAAUUAUUGCACCACGUUGGUGCGAUGUGCAUACACCAACUCAAUCUUCUUGCCACCAACCCCAAUCUUCCAAUCACAAGUGUCUUGGGCAAGCAGCAUCCAAUUGAAGCACACCAUCUUAGCAGUAUUUGUGACAUUAUGGAGAAGGCCAUGGUUAACGGAGAUACCUGUAUCAUACGCUGUAUUCUCGUUGUCUUUCAGGUGGUAUUUAAAUUUUUCUUCAGCCCACAAACUGAAAGGAAUCGAGACAUCAUUCGACGGUCUGGAUUGCUGCUUUGGCAGUUGUUGAUGGCACCAAAAGAUCAGAUUUGCCCUGAAAUUCAGAAGGAAGUGUGUCUUGCCAUCAGCUCUGGUUUAAAUAUCUUAUACCCCGGUGAAACCGAAAUCAAUAACUUACUGAAGCUGGUCUUAACGGAAGGAGAGAGAAACAGCGGCCUCUCCCAGCUGCGGGAUGUGAUUCUAACGAAUUUAGCUGAACAGCUUCAAAACAACCGAUUUGGCAGCGAGGAGGAUGAGCAUUACAGACUAAAUGAUGAACUUUUACACUACAUUCUGAAGAUUGUUGUGCGGGAAUCCUGUAUCUUAAUCACCAAGUGCCAAACUGUCUCUAAAGAGGAUUUUCAAAAACUCCUUUCAACUGUGCCUGCUGCAUCCUCCUGCCUGCGCUAUCUGAUGGCAGUUCAGAACCACCUUCUCAGUAACACUAUUUUGAUUAAACCCGAUGAGAAUGAUGACAGUGACAACUCCUUGCAGGGAGAGACAUUGAAGGUACAGGAGCUAAAGGUCAGUAUUUUGGCUCUUGCCACCCAAAUCCUGACUGGAUGUGAUGAAGUGUUGGAAAUGCUACAGCAGGUCACAACUGCCCUCAUAAAUAGUGACCUAGCUGACCGUGAACAGAGGUUGAAAGGCUUGGAACAAGUUACUAAGGCUACUAUGCUUGGUCACCUUCUUCCAGUGUUACUGACCUCGCUGAUGCAUCCAAAUUUACAGACUCUGACCAUGGCCGACGCCCUGAUGCCUCAGCUAGUGCAGCUGGUGCUCUACACCAGUCAGACGGCUUUGCUGCUUAAAACCCAGUGUCCAGUUUUUGCCGAGGUGGGCUGUUCCCCAUGUGGUGCAUCAGACCAGAAGGGCAGGCUGUUCCCCGAUGAGAGGAUGCUGGAAGAGAAGGAAGAGCCAGGCUUUCUCACUGGUUUAAAGAUUCCUGCUCCAUGGGCUGCUGGGAAGACUGUGGAAACAGUCCACCCUGUCAGAGACAACUAUAAAUUUAAAGAAACUGUCCACAUCCCAGGAGCUCGCUGCCUGUACCUUAGAUUUGAUAGCAGAUGCUCUUCACAAUAUGACUAUGACAAAUUGGUGAUAUAUGCGGGGCCUAACACAAACAGUAGGAAGGUUGCUGAGUAUGGAGGCAACACACUGGGAUAUGGCAGCCGUAGUGUCUUAGGAACUGGCUGGCCCAAAGACUUGGUGAAGGUGGAAGGAGAUACAGUCACCUUCUCCUUUGAAAUGAGAAGUGGCCGUGAACACAACACUCCCGAUAAAGCUAUGUGGGGCUUUGCUUGCACAGUUCGCGCUCAGGAGUCGUCGGAGGAUGUGUCGGGAGGCUUGCCCUUUCUGGUAGACCUGGCUUUAGGUCUGUCUGUGUUAGCUUGUUCCAUGUUGAGAAUCCUGUACAAUGGACCAGAAAUCACCAAAGAAGAAGAAGCCUGUCAGGAGCUAUUGCGGUCCAAACUUUUACAAAGGUGCCAAUGGCAGGUGGAGGCCAAUGGCGUGAUCUCUCCUGCCCUUACUCCAAGCCCAUCUCCACUGCCACUGACCAUCGAGGAAGACAGAGAAUUCACCUACCCCUGUGACGUCCUCGUGCCUCCCGUUGGAAACUACUUUGACCUGCCCCGGAUCAGGCUGCCUCCAGGAAUCAUGAUAAAGCUCAGGGAAAUUUCUGGGCGUGCUAGACCUCAAUUCAGACCAAGUAUAAAAGAAGUGAUUCAGCCAGACGUGAUGGAGGAAAUGGUGGUAUCAUGUGUUAUUAAGCACUUGAACUUGGUUGAUGCACUGCAGUCCCUAAUAAAUUUCCAGUAUCAAGAAGAACAUGCUGAGGAAUAUGACUUACUGUGUAAAAUUAUGGGAGAGACCUUCAAGAAACUCAAUGCCAUGGAGAGACAGCUGCAGAGUGUUGCAGAAUUGGAGCAGAAAUGGCAAAGCGAGGUUGAUGAUGCCAUGCAAGGGAAGCUAGAGAACAACAUGCCUUUCUUCUAUGAUUACCAUUUCAAUGAGAACAAAAUGAAAGAACUAGAACUUUUGUGUUCAAUGAGAGAAGUCUCCUUUGAUGGAAAUGAUCUUGAAAACAUGGUCCUAUCGCUGAGGGAGAAGUUCCUGCAAGAAGUGAAUUCUGUCAUACAGAAACCCUCGCACCCACUGGCGAAAACGAAGACGUUGGUGAAGAGUUUAAUGAACCGAGCCGAGCUGCUGUUGCAUGUCACCAUCUCGGCCCAGCCUGGCCUCACGAGAAGCAUCUCGGGGACCCCCGCAGAGACACCGGCUUGUAAAUCAGCUUCAGAAACAAAGGUGAUAUCUCACGCUGUGCGGCAGCCUGUUUUUCUUCGCAGCAUGUCGGCUCCUUCUGACCUGGAAAUGAUUGGUAAUGAAGAUUUGGAAUUUACUAGAGCAAAUCAGAGGCGGCGCCACGUCACCAGCCACCGCAGCAGCUCCUUUACACUCCUGCAGUCAUUGGCCAUUGAGGACAGCAGGGACAAGCCCACCUACAGCGUCCUGCUGGGGCAGCUGUUUGCCUUCAUCGGCACCAACCCUGACCAAGCCGUGUCCAGCAGCAGCUUUCUUUUGGCUGCACAGACGAGGUGGCGGCGGGGGAAUACUCGCAAGCAGGCGCUGGUGCACAUGCGGGAAUUGCUGACGGCCGCUGUGCGCGUUGGGGGCGUGACACACCUUGUGGGUCCAGUGACUAUGGUCCUUCAGGGAGGACCCAGAAUUGAAGAACUAACCUGUGGUGGGAUGGUGGAGCAGGUCCAGGAAGCCUUUGGCGAGACCAUGACCUCUGUCGUGUCUCUGUGUGCUCGUUACCCUAUCGCAUGUGCAAAUAGCAUCGGACUUUUGUGUACCAUACCUUAUACCAGGAGUGAAGAGAAGUGCCUGGUGCGCAGUGGCCUCGUUCAGCUCAUGGAUCGACUGUGUAGCUUGAGCAGUCAGACGGAGUCCAGCUCCAGUGAGAAGCAAACCAAGAAGCAGAAGGUGGCCACCAUGGCCUGGGCAGCUUUCCAGGUGCUAGCCAACCGCUGUGUUGAAUGGGAAAAAGAAGAAGGCGGCUCCACAGAGGCGGUGCACUCAGGUCUGGCCCGUCAGGUGUCCAGCCUUCUCACCAACCAUCUUGCCCGAGCAACUGAGUGCUGUGGUAACCAGGCUGCUGGGAAUGACGCCCUCCAGGACGUCCUCAGUCUUCUCAAUGAUCUCUCAAGAAGUCACAUAGGUAAAGCCAUCCUGAGCCAGCCAGCUUGUGUGUCCAAACUCCUCUCUCUGCUGCUUGACCAACGCCCGUCUCCAAAGCUAGUCCUUAUCAUUCUUCAGCUGUGCCGGGCGGCGCUCCCACUGAUGAGUGUAGAAGACUGUGGAAACGUGGAGCUCCCGCCAUGGAGCUACUCCGUUCCCUCCCUAAACAGUGAGCAGGAGGAUCCCAGCGACCCAGCAUCCAAGAUUGCCUCAUUGCUCUUAGCAAAGCUGGCAGAUUACGUGGUCCCAGGAUGUCAGACAGUUCUUUCUCCAACUGCUUCUGAACCUGACACUACAUUGACAAAAACCAGUCCCAAGAAUUCCUUAAAAGGAGAUAAAGAUCCUGGAGAAGAGAGUGAAGCAGUGGAUGGCAAGCUGUCUAUCUUUAUCCACAAGCGGGAAGACCAGUCAUCUCAUGAGGUUCUCCAGCCGCUACUAAGUAGCUCAGAAGGACGGCCCUUCAGACUUGGUACUGGUGCCAACAUGGAGAAAGUCGUGAAAAUGGAUCGAGACAUGACCAAGGGCGGCUGCUGUGAGGUGAUCACAGAAGAGGCUGCAGCCGCUCUUCGGAAGGCAACCAAGUGGGCCCAGUCAGGCCUCAUCGUCAGCGUCGGGCCACCUGUAGAGUCCGUCAGCCCAGAGACUGUGAGUGGACUGUCCACAGGUGACAAAAAGAAAACCGCCCAGACCUCCAUUUGCCGAGAGAGGAACUCUGAGCUCGCCAGGACUGACCCCGUCCGACCCUUCAUCAGUGGGCACGUGGCGAACAGCAUGGCCGCAGAAGUGAUCGCCUUGCUUCAUAGCUUGCUAAUGGCACCCGAGUCAAAUGCUGCUCAAAUAUGGACCACAACGGCAGAAAAGGUUCUGUCUCGUGCGCUGAUGUACAUUCCACAGUUGGGGAAAUAUGCAGAGAGCAUUCUGGAAAAUGGCAGCAGUAGCGGCAGGAAACUCGCCAAACUUCAGAGAAUCGCCCGCCAGGCCGUCGCUGCACUGUGUGCCCUCGGAGGCUUCAAAGAGACCAUCAAGAUAGGGUCUGAGGUUCAGGUUUUAGGUAGAGGAAUAUCAGGAAGCAUCGGAGUAGUGGCUUCUAUCAAUGAACAGGAAGGUAUAGCUACAGUCAGAUUCCCACCCAUAGACUGUAGAAAGACUUCGCAAGCAUCAGACACAUUGACUAUUCCAUUGUCUAGACUUUGUGUUCCAAGAUCAGAGGCACUGCCUCUUCAUAAACUGUCCAUUACUGAGAAGGUAGUACAGGCAGUCCAGUCCAUGUUGCUUCCUCAGGAGGGAAGUCUCUCUAUUCAUACCUCACUUCCUGCAACAGGAGAUGGGUCAGCUCCUGUGAUGGCAGUCGUUCGGCUCCUGGCUGAAAUAAGAACAAGAGCAUGCCUGGUCAUGGCCCAGCUUUUAGAAGACAGCUUAUUCUGUGAAGAAUUCAUACAACAGUGUCCAGCAGCUGUUGAAGUGCUCAACCUAGUAGCCCAGGAAUGCAGUGCUGGAGAGCGGCUGGCGGUUGUGGAGGGGCAGUGUGAGCGGCUGCGGAUGCUCUACCGGGACUGUGCUCGGCCGCCGCCGCCGCCGCUGCAGGCCGACCGGAGACAGCCCAAAGAGAUCACUUGGAGCCCCUCGCGAGUGUUCCCGCCUGUCCGAGCCUGCAUGUUCUCAUCGCAUCUUACUUCUGUCACCUUCCUGGCUGACCCCAGCGCUGGGGGCGGUCUGCCCCGGGGCACAUUUAUCUAUGCCACCUCACCACUACCCGUUCAGGCCCCAUCUUUUUACUGGGAAAUUGAAAUUGUUUCCUAUGGAGAUACUGAUGACGACACUGGACCAAUCGUUUCCUUUGGCUUUGCUACAGAAGCAGAGAAACGAGAUGGGGCUUGGACUAAUCCAGUGGGCACUUGUCUUUUCCAUAACAACGGCCGAGCCGUGCACUACAAUGGCUCCAGUUUAUUACAGUGGAAGAGCGUGCGCUUGGAUGUGACUCUCUCUCCUGGUGAUGUGGCAGGAAUUGGCUGGGAGAGAACUGAGGGGACCCCCCCUCCUCCGGGGCAGCCAGCCAAGGGCCGGGUAUACUUCACAUACUGCGGGCAGCGCCUGUCCCCGUAUCUCGAAGACGUCUCUGGUGGGAUGUGGCCUGUGGUUCACAUUCAGAAGAAGGCAGGAAACUUCCUGUGGACCACAGACAUGGCGGCCUGCGUGAAGGAGCUUGUUUUCCAUCUCCUGGCGGAGCUGCUGCGCACCGUGCACUCCCUGGAGCAGAGGAAGCACCCUGUCGGCCUGUCCUCCUCCAUUGCCCUCCAGCUGAACCCCUGUCUGGCCAUGCUGAUGGCUCUGCAGUCGGAGCUCCAUAAGCUGUACGACGAGGAGACCCAGAGCUGGGUCUCAGGCAGCGCAUGCGGGGGCUCGGGGGUGGCGGCGGCCACGGACCAGGGCAGGUUCUCUACGUACUUUCAUGCGCUCAUGGAAGGCUGCCUGGCGGUGGCCGAGGUGACCCUGCCCACCAACAUGAGUGUCACAGCCAGCGGGGUGACCUCAACGACCGCCCCGAAUCUCAGCGACUCAUCGUCCUCCUCAUCCUCCUCCCCAGGACAGACACCUCAGAGCCCUAGCCUCCUGUCGAAGAGGAAAAAAGUCAAGAUGAAGCGGGAAAAGGCCUCCUCCUCUGGGAAGCGCCAGUCGUCCCGCUCAGUGGAGUCAGACCCCGCCAUGCUCAGCAUUGGGGGCAGCAAGCCGGAGGACAUGCUAUGGUUUCAUCGAGCCCUCACCCUGCUCAUCAUUCUCCGACACCUCACCAGGAAGGACCCGCAGGGUCUGGGUGUGACCAGCGACGCCAUCGCCGAUGCUUGCCAGGCCCUGGUGGGCCCCACCGCCCACAGCCGCCUGCUGGUGAUCUCUGGAAUCCCCACCCACCUGGAUGAGGGCAUCGUCAGAGGGGCUAUCCGCAAGGCCUGCAAUGCCCAUGGCGGGGUCUUCAAAGAUGAGAUCUACAUCCCCCUGCAGGACGAAGACCCCAAGAAACCAAAGGACAAGGCCGAGGGUGGUGACGGCAAAGCCGAGCCGGAGAAGACCCUUGGCUUCCCCAGCGCAGACAGCUUGGAGGUCAGCACGUCCAGCAGCCUGACGCCUGCCAUGAGCAUCAGCGCAUCCGCUUCCACCAGUCAGGCCUCCAUCUGCAGCUCCCAGGGUAUCUCACAGACAGCCAGUGACCUCUCUGUGGAUCCGCUGCCCUCAGGCCUCGAGCCGCCCGUCCCUUCUGGGGUAUUAGAGCCCCACGUGGUGUCCAGCCAGGAGAGUCUAGACAUCUCCCUAUGCAGCACGGGCAGCCUGGGCAGCCUGGGGAGCCUGGGGGAGCCGCUGGACAAUGCCGAGACGGCCUCCGUGUCGGACGUGGGCUCCAUGUACACCGUCACGUCCCUGGACAACCAGCCCCUCGCAGCGCGCCCCAUCAAAGGCUUUGCGGUCGUGGAGAUAAGAUCCCGAGCCAAAAUUGAGAAAAUUCGAGCAAGUUUAUUUAACAAUAACGACCUGAUUGGUUUGUCAAGUUUGGAUGGUGAAGAUGAAUUGAUGGAGAUGUCAACAGAAGAGAUUCUCACUGUAUCUGUAGUAAAUCAGAGUCUGUUUGAUACUCAGGGGAGCCCAGGGUUAGAAGAUUACUUCAAUGAUAAGUCGAUUAAAGGUGAGAAGCUGGUGCCCGGUGCCAGGGAGGUGCUCACGGAGAUAUUUAAGAGCUGUGCCCAUUCCGAGCAGAUGCUGAGCCUGACACCAGCAAAGCCCAUCAAAGUAUCGGACAUUUAUCUUAGCAAAGAGCAGAUCAACUCCCAAACGCCAGGCAACCUCCUCCACCUCUUCUUCACCAACGUCCGGCCUCCAAAAAAGGUGCUGGAGGACCAGCUCACCCAGAUCCUGAGGAAAUACGGCGUGCCAAAGCCCAAGUUCGACAAGAGCAAGUACAACAAAGGCGGGAAGGAGCAGCACCCCGUGAAGGUGGUGAGCACCAAGCGGCCCAUCACCAAGCCGCCUGCCAAGGACAAGGCUGUGCUCAACAGUGUCAGGUGGGCUUCCGAGGGGCUCAACGUGCCCAUCGAGAGCCUGCGCCUGCGCUUCGCCCUGCUCCAGUCCCUGAACACCACGCUGGAGACCUUCUUCCUGCCUCUGGUGGAGCUGCGCCCGACGCCCGUGUACGCGCACAGCAUCGCUGCCCUGCUGAAGGAGGCCAAAGGGCUGAUCUUUUAUGACACGAAGGUGACCGUCAUGAAUCGGGUGCUGAACGCCACUGUGCAGAGGACAGCUGACCAUGCAGCUCCCGAGAUCACUUUGGACCCACUGGAAAUUGUGGGAGGGGAGAUCAGAGCCUCCGAAAACUCCUACUUCUGCCAGGCUGCCCGGCAGCUGGCCUCCGUCUCGUCCUCUCAGCUCUGUGUCAAGCUGGCCAGUGGUGGCGACCCCACCUACGCCUUCAACAUCCGCUUCACAGGGGAGGAGGUCCACGGCACCAGCGGCUCUUUCCGGCACUUCCUGUGGCAGGUGUGUAAGGAGCUGCAGAGCUCGUCGCUGUCCCUCCUGCUGCUGUGCCCCAGCUCGGCCGUCAACAAGAACAAGGGCAAGUACAUCCUGACCCCGAGCCCCAUCACCUGCGGGGAGGAGCAGCUGCUCCACUUCCUGGGCCAGCUGCUGGGAAUUGCAAUUCGGGCAGAUGUCCCUCUUCCCCUGGACCUCCUGCCUUCCUUCUGGAAGACCCUGGUGGGGGAGCCCCUGGACCCUGACCAAGACCUACAGGAAGCAGACAUACUCACCUACAAUUACGUCAAGAAGUUCGAGAGCAUCAACGAUGAGACCGAGCUGGAGGCGCUGUGCGCCGAGAUCGCCUCCCAGCACCUGGCCCCCGAGAGCCCGGAGGGCCCCAACAAGCCGUGCUGCAGGUUCACCUACCUGACCAUGACGGGCGAGGAGGUGGAGCUGUGCAGCCGCGGCCGGCACAUCCCUGUGGCGUGGGAGAACAAGGACAUCUAUGCGGCCGCCAUCCGGAGCCUGCGGCUGCGGGAGCUGCAGAACGCCGAGUGCGUGACGGCCGUGAGGGCGGGCCUGGGCGCCAUCAUCCCCCUGCAGCUGCUCACCACGCUCAGCCCGCUGGAGAUGGAGCUGCGCACGUGCGGCCUCCCUUACAUCAACCUCGAGUUCCUCAAGGCCCACACCAUGUACCAGGUGGGGCUGAUGGAGACGGACCAGCACAUUGAGUUCUUCUGGGGGGCGCUGGAGAUGUUCGCCCAGGAGGAGCUGUGCAAGUUCAUCAAGUUUGCCUGCAACCAGGAACGCAUCCCAUUCACCUGCCCCUGCAAGGACGGGGGCCCUGACACAGCCCAUGUGCCCCCAUACCCCAUGAAGAUUGCCCCCCCAGAUGGCACAGCAGGUUCCCCAGACUCUCGCUACAUCCGAGUGGAGACCUGCAUGUUCAUGAUCAAACUUCCCCAGUACUCCUCUCUGGAAAUCAUGCUGGAGAAACUUCGUUGUGCCAUUCACUACCGAGAAGACCCCCUGAGUGGCUGAGGGGAGGGAGCCCCAGAGUGAGUCCGUCACUGAGGCACCGCUCCGCCGGCUUGGGAAGCCUGCCACUGAGGGCACAUCCCUCCGGGCCCUGCGUGAGGAGUUGGCGACAUUUUGCUUUUCUGAACUUUUGUCCACAUUCCAGGGCUUCCUGGAAGACUUAACCUUUUGUAUUUGUAUGUUUCGUGAUGGGUUGGUUCUUUUACUACCUGUUUGUGGUAUGUUUGUAGGAUAGUUUAGUUCCCGGGCAGCCUGUGUCUCAUUUGAUCUUCCUGGACAUUGUCUUUCAUGGCCACCGGAUUCUGAUGCCAUAAGGCCCCAGUUAGUUCCACAUCAUGGAAAUCACCCAGCAGGAAGCUGGUGGUGAGAUCCCAGUGGCCACACACAGCAUCCUGUUCUCUCCACAGAGCAUCUUCACAAACAAGUCUGUGGCCCUGCCCCUCCUGUCUUGAGGGGGAAUUGAUCCUGGACACAGCUCCCACAGGCCUCCUUCCAUCUUGAAAUGGUUGGGCCAGUUACCCAAACGUGGGAGACACACACACGGAGCUUUCUGUGUUAAUCUUCCGGCUUUAGAGCCUUGUUUAUGGUCUGGGUUUUUCUGAGGAAAAGCGCCCCCCACCCCAUGGUUCCCCCAUCCCUUCCCACCCAGACAACCCUCUGCCCUGUCUCCUCUGGGCCCCUGGUCUGACAGUUUUCCACUGAGCGUUCCUCAGAAGACCAAAGGGCUCAUCCCCAACCUUAGUUCACAGCCAGGCAUGUUGCAGCUCCAGGAGUUGAGAAGGACACCCAGAGGAGGAGGGACAGCGCUCGAGUGGGGGCCUUUUUCUGAGACUGACUGAACAGGAAAGCACAGGAUUCAAGCCUACCCCCCCCCUUUUGUACUCAGAAACAGCCCUUCUUCACCGCAGUGUUGGUGAGUGGGCCACACACCCAUUUUAAAAAGAGCUGACUGAGGUGCUCUGCUCAAUUCAGGGUCUACUUCAGUGACUAAGACCUUCCAAGGACCACUGUGGGGUCCUCUGCCCCCUCUGUCCAGGCCCACCCCCUACUCCCUUGCCACCCCAUGUGAGCGUGUGUGCCAGGGCUGAGCUGCUCCAGGCUCACCCGCUGCCCCAGUGCAUUGGUGCCCCAAACAGGUCUUUGUCCGAUGGUACUUUGUUCCAGAGUAGCAUAUGCCGUCUUAUUGGACACUGUCAUUUUGGGCCUUGCCAGUUCUCAUGGAAUCGCAUCACUGUAUUUAUUGUAUAAUAUUGUGAAUACUGAAAGUUCUGAGUGAGUGAGUGCUGACUAGAAGGCUCUGGAGUGUGAAUGCUCGGGAAAGAAAGCUGUGCUUUUCCUUUCUCUGCUGUGGCCCUGGCCUGGUGGAAAGUUGUAUGGCUUUAGACUUAGAGCCAUUAGCAUCCAUCUCCUCCCUCUUAUUCUUAGGAAAUGCAUUAAGAACCAUUAUAGAAAUGAUUCCCCAACCUAAGGAAAAGCUAAAACCGGAUUCAUCGUUCCGGCUGCAUCGGUUACAUUUGAUGCAGGAGCAGUCCUGUCUGGAGGUGAGCACCUGCAAGCAGUUUCCCUGCUUGAAAGGAAGAGGGUUGGCCUCUGCCUCCUAGCAGCGAGAGCCCCGUUGACUGGGGGUCACACCAGGAUGUAGUCCUGACAAAGGAUCCUCUUAUUUCUGCAUAACGAAAGAGCCUCUGGAUUAUUAGAAGGGGUUCUUCCUCUCUGUAUUUUUACAUUCUUGGUCCCUUCCAAUCCUUCCCAUCCCUUGAAUGGGCUCAGAAUUGUCAGCUACCUCCCCCAGGGGGGUUUGGGAAGCUUCUUUUGGCCCAUCACUUGAACGGAUGACAGCUGUGAGUGGGAUGUUUGCUGCUAACACGACUGCGUCUCCCAGAGAGCACACUGAGAGCUCCAGACCGAUUCAAACCUUGGCCCUAAAAAAAAAAAAAAAAAACCGUGUGCUGUAAAGUUACUUGAUGUAUAUUUAUUAUAAUUAUUUAUGGUUGCAUUUAACAAAGUUUUCAUUCAAUUUGAUGCUAUUUACACCACUGCUGUGUAAAGGAAGCUCACUACAGGAAAAAAGUCGCACCAAUAAAUAACCUUCAUCUAAUUUUGAUUUA